AUGGACACUUGCCGACGCACUCAUAUCCGCAGAAAGGAAAACAGUCAUCAUGAGGCACCCAUCGGUCAUGACGACCAGGGCCGGGCAUCGAUCCUGCCCUACUCGCAGACGACCCGGUUUUAUCCCGGCGAUCUGAUCCAUGUUUCAGUUAGGCGCCCCGAUGGCGCGAUCGAAAUCCAUGGGCCGUACCUGGUCGAAAUGGUGAUUGCGGGCAAGUACACGCUAUGCAUGGAUGAUGGAACAGUGGUCUCUGUAGACGGGAAGACAGUAUUCGAGGAAUCGGACCUAGUGGAAGCGGUAUAAGUGUUCUCAUUCUGGGCACUAAAGUUCAUGGGGGCUGUCGAGUUAUAUGUAUCCAACGGCCGAGUAUCCCCUUGCGAUCCAUACAGAUUCACUUCAUACAUGUGUACGGAUGGUGACCGUAAACAUUGCCGCUUUUUCUUCACAUUGACGCAAAUUUUGGGGAACGGCUUUUGUUGAUUUUGUUGAGUCUAGCCCCUGACUUCCUCCCCUCGUAGUCUGCUCCAGGAUACUGCUAAGCUUGGGCAGAAGGAGUGAGUCGAACGAGGUCGGAGUAUUUGUGACGAUAAUCCUGAUUAUAUCGUCGCAGCAUCCUGAUGUGCGCAGAUGUUCCGGUACUGCCAUAGCAAAUGCCAUCUCUGUUGUUCCGGUAAAGUGUAGAG